CAGGCCAUCGUCAGGAUGCAACUGAUAUGCAGGUAGAUAGCCGCCAUAUCACCAUCAUUCAACCUUUAAACCAUUAGCCUCAUCAUCGUUCCACUGCUGGUUGAAGGCCUCUUCAAGAUUUGGCAAUCGGCCUCUGCUUUCUGUCAUUUUCAUUCAUGCUGAUCCGCACAACAUAGCAUGCAAUCAAGACGCGAUUUGGAUGUUCGCCAAACUCGAUGGAAAUUCAAAUGAAGCCAUCACGCUAGAAGAGCUAAGCAAAUUGGAGCGUCGAGGCUCUAAGGAUUGCAUUGAACCAUUCCUUGAUCGAUGUGAUCUGAAUAACGAUCAGAAGUUGUCGCUGGACGAAUGGUGCGACUGCUUUAAAUGGGCAGGCAAAGGUCGUGCGCACAGCCCACUUAAUUUACCUGUAACCCGAGCCGCCCUGCCACUCAGCCAGACGACUACACGAUCCUCAUAUUUUAGUACCUUAACCAUUGUGCUCGUCUUAGGCGCUUUCACACCGGAGUGUGACGUGGACGGAUUUUACAAAUUCAAGCAGUGCCACGAGGGAUUCUGCUGGUGCGUUGACAAAUGGGGACGGGAAUUUGACCAGUCUAGGGUCCGUGGCCAACCGGACUGCGGACAAUACGGUAAAUAUUAA